AUGCUUCCCCCCAUCCCCUUCCCUGCUUCCCCCCAUCGCCUAACCUGCUUCCUCCCAUCCCCUUCCCUGCUUCCCCCCAUCCCCUUCCCUGCUUCCGCCCAUCCCCUUCCCUGCUUCCCCCCAUCCCCUUCCCUGCUUCCCCCCAUCCCCUUUCCUGCUUCCCCCCGAUCCCCUUUCCUGCUUCCCCCCGAUCCCCUUCCCUACUUCCCCCCAUCCCCUUCCCUGCUUCCCCCCAUCCCCUUCCCUGCUUCCCCCCGAUCCCCUUCCCUGCUUCCCCCCAUCCCCUUCCCUGCUUCCCCCCAUCCCCUUCCCUGCUUCCCCCCGAUCCCCUUCCCUGCUUCCCCCCAUCCCCUUCCCUGCUUCCCCCCAUCCCCUUCCCUGCUUCCCCCCGAUCCCCUUUCCUGCUUCCCCCCGAUCCCCUUCCCUACUUCCCCCCAUCCCCUUCCCUGCUUCCCCCCAUCCCCUUCCCUGCUUCCCCCCGAUCCCCUUCCCUGCUUCCCCCCAUCCCCUUCCCUGCUUCCCCCCGAUCCCCUUCCCUGCUUCCCCCCAUCCCCUUCCCUGCUUCCCCCCAUCCCCUUCCCUGCUUCCCCCCGAUCCCCUUCCCUGCUUCCCCCCGAUCCCCUUCCCUGCUUCCCCCCAUCCCCUUCCCUGCUUCCCCCCAUCCCCUUCCCUGCUUCCCCCCGAUCCCCUUCCCUGCUUCCCCCCAUCCCCUUCCCUGCUUCCCCCCAUCCCCUUCCCUGCUUCCCCCCAUCCCCUUCCCUGCUUCCCCCCGGUCCCCUUCCCUGCUUCCCCCCAUCCCCUUCCCUGCUUCCCCCCAUCCCCUUCCCUGCUUCCCCCCAUCCCGUUCCCUGCUUCCCCCCAUCCCGUUCCCUGCUUCCCCCCGAUCCCUUCCCUGCUUCCCCCCAUCCCCUUCCCUGCUUCCCCCCAUCCCCUUCCCUGCUUUCCCCCGAUCCCCUUCCCUGCUUCCCCCCAUCCCCUUCCCUGCUUCCCCCCAUCCCCUUCCCUGCUUCCCCCCAUAAUCUCCCUCUCCAUGUGUCCUUCCUCUCCCUAUCGCUGGCAGUUCCCCCCGUCGCUCGCUCGUAUUUCCGAUGCUCGUCACCCUCACUCGUUGGGAAAAUGCCCGUCGCAAGUGCGGGCGCUGCGCGUCGGCCAGCCUUUCUCAUUCUGUUCCGCCCACCCUCUCCCAUUCUGUUCUGCCGCCAUCUCUCAUUCCUUCCCACCCUCUCUCAUUCCCUCCCACCCUCUCUUAUUCCUUCCCUCAUUCUCUCAUUCCUUACCACCCUGACCCAUUCCUUCCCACCUUCUCACAUUCCUUCCCACCCUCACGCUCCCAUACCUCUCUCUCCCUUCUCCCACACUCUCUCUCUCCUUCCUCCCGCACUCUCACUCUCCUUCCCACCACCCUCAGCCCUCCUUCCCCCCACCCUCUGCCCUGUUCCCAUCUGCCCUCCCAAUCCCUGCCUUUCCCUCCCUGCCCUGCCCUUCCCUUCCCCAUCCCUUCUCAACCCUUCCCUUCCUUUUCAUGCGCUCCCCUUCCCCCUCACUCUUCACCUUCCGCCCUGGAUGGUGAAGCAGAGGAGCAAGCUGAGGCGCAGCUAG